CUGUUGGGUGGCGAGGGGGGUGGGGCAAGGGCAGAGUGUAGAAAAAGGGAGCCCGGCGCCCGAAAGCUACUGGCUACCCGCAUAUCCCGCAGCCCACGCCAAGGUGCAGGGAGCCUGCAGGGAUCCUCGCUGCCCGAGGGCCUCGGUGAGUCACCGCCGGGUUGUCGCAAUCGCUACCCGGAGGAAACCAGGCCCGGGGUGGGGCGCGUUCCUGGCUGCCUCCGUGCGCUCUGACUGCACUAGGGUGUCCCCUAGGUCACCCAGCUGGGUCUUCUCGCCCGAGACACUCAGGUCUGAACCAGCUGCCGUGGCCACAGCUUGGCCUGGGCCUCCAGGGACAACGGGGACCCAAGGGGAAGAACCAAAGAGAUCGCAGUAGUUCUGAGAGUUCUCGUCUCCCCUUUCCUCUUCGCUCCGCAGAGCUGAAGAGAGCGAGGCAGGCGGCGCAGACUCCCCGGAGCCCAACUCCGGAUUGGACGCUGUGUUUUCCGAGCUGCGGCUGAACUGCCAGGGGACUCCGACACCUACCGCGCUUGGCUUUCCUGGGGACCUCUCCCAGAGGGCUUGCCGAGACAUGGAGGGCACAGACCUGGCGGUGAAGCUCCUCUCCACCUGGCUGACGCUGGUGGGCAGCCUCAUCCUUUUGCCCUCGGCCUUCGGACUAUCCCUGGGCAUCUCGGAGAUCUACAUGAAGAUCCUGGUGAAAACCUUGGAGUGGGCUACGUUACGGAUCGAGAAAGGAGCCCCUAAGGAGUCAGUUCUCAAAAGCCCAGCUUCUAUGGGUAUUAUCCAAAGAGAUGAGUCACCCAUGGAAAAAGGGCUCUCUGGUCUUCGAGGAAGGGACUUCGAGCUCUCCGAUGUGUUUUAUUUCUCCAAGAAGGGGUUGGAAGCCAUUGUGGAGGAUGAAGUGACCCAGAGGUUCUCCUCCGAGGAGUUAGUAUCAUGGAACCUCCUCACAAGAACCAAUGUCAAUUUUCACUACAUCAGUCCAAAGCUCACCAUCGUGUGGGUGCUGGGCGUCCUCGUACGCUAUUGCUUCCUGCUACCUCUGAGGGUGACCCUGGCUUUCAUUGGGAUCAGCUUGCUGAUUAUAGGAACAACACUGGUUGGCCAGCUUCCGGACAGCAGCCUCAAGAACUGGCUGAGUGAACUGGUGCACCUGACCUGCUGCAGGAUCUGUGUUCGCUCCCUGUCUGGCACCAUCCAUUACCAUAACAAGCAGUACAGACCCCAGAAGGGAGGCAUCUGUGUCGCCAAUCACACCUCUCCCAUCGAUGUCUUAAUCUUGGCGACGGAUGGAUGUUAUGCCAUGGUUGGGCAGGUUCAUGGUGGACUGAUGGGGAUCAUUCAGAGAGCCAUGGUUAAGGCUUGUCCACAUGUCUGGUUUGAGCGCUCAGAAAUGAAGGACCGGCAUCUGGUGACUAAGAGGUUAAAAGAACACAUCGCUGAUAAGAAAAAGUUACCCAUUCUAAUCUUCCCUGAAGGUACCUGCAUCAACAAUACUUCAGUCAUGAUGUUCAAAAAGGGAAGCUUUGAAAUUGGAGGAACCAUAUAUCCAGUGGCAAUAAAGUAUAACCCUCAGUUCGGCGAUGCCUUCUGGAACAGUAGUAAAUACAACCUGGUGAGCUAUUUGCUUCGGAUAAUGACAAGCUGGGCCAUUGUCUGCGAUGUGUGGUACAUGCCUCCCAUGACCAGAGAGGAAGGAGAAGAUGCGGUUCAGUUUGCCAACAGGGUUAAAUCCGCUAUUGCUGUGCAAGGAGGACUGACUGAACUUCCCUGGGACGGGGGCCUGAAGAGAGCAAAGGUGAAGGACACCUUUAAGGAAGAACAACAGAAGACUUACAGCAAAAUGAUCGUGGGCAACGGAUCUCCCAGCCUGGCCCUGGACUCAAGCACCGUGGACAAUCAUGGCUCCCCAGAGCCGGCCUUCAGAAGUGAAAGCUUAUAAUGUUGUUGUGUUGUGUUGUUUUGUGUUUUGUUUGUUUGUUCAUUGUUAGUUUUUUUCUACUUGAUGAUUGUUUCUGUCUUCAUGCCAGAGGCUGAACCUACAGGGGUCCUUUUGGACACUUUUGUUAUCGUGUUGGCUCAAUGAAGUGUAAGGCCGAUUCUUGAGCGGAAACGGACUUUUGUAAAAUGACAGUGUUGUUGGUGAUCGAAUGAAAUCUUUGUAUGCAGAAAAAGCGCUUCUAGAGUAUGUUUGGAAUUUGUUAAUAAGAUAAUUCUCAAUGACAGCUCCAAACUCUGCAAUUUGAUUUCCCUUUCUUUAAUCUUUUUUAUUUUUAUUGUUAUUAUUUUUUAAAGACAGGGUCUUAUUUAUAUAGCCCAGGUUGGCCUAAAACUCACAAUGUAGCCAAGACUGGCCAAGAGCGGACAAACCUGGCUCCACUUCUCAAGUGCUGGGAUCAUAGGAAUGUGCCACCACACCUCGGUGUUGACUUCAAUACCAUAGUAAGCGGUGAGAUCAACGUACCACAGAGCAUUCCCAUUGCGAUCGCAUUCUGCCAUGAGGUGGAAAGAAAAAUGGGCGAUUAUUUUUAGGGAAAGGACAAAUUUGUGGUCACCUGAUCUGAAAGGACUGGAGAUAUUAUUUUUCCUCAGGUGUUGGAGGACUGGUGGCUGAUUGGUUAGACUCUUUCAUGAACCGUGUAGGAGCAGUGCUGAUUGGUCAGGUUCAUUUAAGAACUGCCGGAAGUGGUGCUGAUUGGUCAGAUUCAUUUAAGAACCGCGAGGAGCGGUGUUUGUUCCCACAACACAUUUCAUCCAGACGCAGUGGAAAAAGCACUGUUAGCUUUCCUUGUUUGUGUGCUAAAGAUUUCUUUUGUCUUAUGAUUGUUAUUUUUGCUUGUUUUGUUUGUCUUUGUAACAAAAUGACUUUUUCCAAGGGACGGAACCUUUAAGAAAAAGAACGGCACUCUCUGCAGGAUGCGAGAGUGAGCUAUGUGGAGCUUGCCUCCUGCCACCCUACCCGCAACCUCACUGUAAGCCGUUUAGCCCCAAACUCCCCAGCCUUGGCAGCAGAAAACUAAAUGGUAAUAACUACCUUUUGGAAACUGAGCCUUAACAUUUUUAAAGGGGAAACGAGCGUUCUCCGAGUCCCAUAGCAUGAGCUAUAUUUGAUAGCGAUCUAUUACUGUUGUGAGCUCUUGAGGAUGUUAGCUCGAGAGUAACCCUGUGUGAAAGUGACUAUGAAUAAAUUUUAUAUUUUUAAACGAG